AUGACAUAUAACGCGGUGUCCCCAAAGUCUUAUGCCCUACCCAAGAUCCAUAAACCACAGUUGGCAGUGAGACCAAUCAUAUCUAGCAUUGGUGGACCCAAUACAAAAAUCUCGAUUUUCAUAAGAAACAUUUUAACAGCUAGUUAUAACAGGACUAAUCCAUAUUAUGUUCGGGAUUCAUUUGAAUUUAGUAAGACGAUGAAUGGGCUGGUGAUCCCGGAUGGAUAUGUGAUGGUGAGCCUGGAUGCAGUUUCUUUGUUCACUAAUAUCACCUUGGAAGCAUCUAAGAGAUCAAUAAUAAAACACUGGGAGGAAAUACAACCAAACUGCCCUAUGGAUCAAAAACACUUCUUGGGGUUGCUGGAUGUGGUUUACCAAACAACAUACUGCAGAUUUAAUGAUGGUUUCUACAAACAACAAAAAGGCACACCCAUGGGUUCUGAGGUGUCUCCGAUCCUUUCACAAUUCGUGAUGGAUGACCUGUUGGAUGAGAGUAUCCCUAGAUUAACAUUUACUUUGCUACAGGUUAAAAAGUUCUUGGAUGAUUUAUUUUGCCUGAUGCCGGAGGACAGGAUCGGAGAAGUGGUGGAUGUGUUCGAUGAAUUUGACAUAAAUAUUUCAUUUACAACUGAGGUAGAAGUAGAAGGCAGAUUACCCUUCUUGGAUGUGUUACUGGUGAGAGAAAAUCAAACCAUUAUUACAGAUUGGUAUACCAAACCAAUGGCGUCUGGCCGGUAUCUCAACUAUUACUCCAGUCAUCAACUGAAACAUAAGUUAAAUCUCAUCACAGGUAUGAAGAAUAGACUAUAUGGUAUAUGUGAUAGAUCCAAAUAUGAGGGCUCAUUACAGAGACUUAAAACCCUAUUAAUACAGAACUCAUACCCAAUUAGGUUGAUAAAUGGAAUAUUUUAUAACAGCUCACCAGCUGUUAAUGACAUAAUAAAUAACACAGAGAGUUCAGAUGUGAUAGUGGAGACAGAUACACAGAAUUAUAAAUAUUACAAAUUGCCACAUUAUGAUCAAAUAACGUCGAAGAUCAUAUCAUUGUUCAAAGGAAUAAAUGAGUUGAGAUUCGUCAGGAGAAUUCUUAAUAAGUUGAAAAGAUUUGUCUUUACACACCUAAAGGAUAAAGAAGGACCAUAUAACACUACGAAUGUUAUCUAUCGGAUUGAUUGUAGCACAUGUGAAGGGGCAUAUAUUGGCCAGACGGGUAGGAGACUUAACACGAGGUUAGAAGAACAUAAAAGAGACACAAGACUAAUGAGGUCAACCACAGGAUUGGCGAGACAUACAGUAGAUACGGGCCAUAUCAUGAAUUUAAAUGAUGUCAAUAUUUUAAGAAAGGUGAACAACCAUAAUAAGAGGCUUUUCUUGGAAUCUGCGGAAAUUAAUAUGUGUGACAACAGUGUGAAUAUAAAUACAGACUAUAGUGCACUCAGUGACAUCUACUGUAAUAUCUUGGAGAUGAUUAGAUUGCGAAGAACGGAUAACCCCAAUAUGACAAGAAACAUCGAACCUGGCUGA